AUGCCGAUUGUAAUUACAGACAAGGACUUCUCAUGGUCGCAGACCGAUAGCGUCAUCUCUAUAUCCAUACCAACUAGAUCCAAGACUGUUGACACCUACAUAAAUUCGGUAUACAUAAAGGCGAACUAUGCGCCGUACUUUUUCGAACUGGAUUUAUCAAAUCCUAUAAUACCGGAUCAGAGUACUGUUACUGUUGCUGAUGGACAGAUUCUUUUCACAUUGAUGAAGAAACAAUCAAAUAUAUGGGAAUCACUGAAAUAUGUAUUUGCAGAUGCUGAUCUUGUGAGGGAACGGAGGAGGGUGGCUGAAAGUGAACAGUUGGAACGAGUUAAUCAGGCCAAGAAGGCAAAGAAUGAAGAAAAGAUGACAGCUGCUCGAAAACUGGAUGAAGUACAAGCCUGGAAGGAAGAUUUAAAUCAAUCUGACAUAUCGAGCCGUACAGAUUCAGCAACAUUGACGUCUGCUAAAGAAGUCAAUGGAGAUGACUUAGAUGACGCGGAAGCAGUGCAGACCACCAUCACAUCCAACUCUCAACCUGUGGCACCAACACUAUCGCUGGACGAUGUGGAAAUCGAUGAGAGUGAGCUAGAUAUGGAAGCUAUACGGGCCAAAGUUCGUAAACAGCUAGAAGCAUCAGCACCACGUGCACCACCACCACCAAGAAAGUCAGCUAGCAUCACGGUAGCUUUCACAGAUCGUAAGAAUCUACCUACAUCUGUAGCUCGUGAAAAGGAGGAUGCUAAGUGGCAGGCCCGGAUUGAUGAGGCUGUGAGGAAGCAUGAAGCUAUAACGCAGUCUGCGUCGAGAGAUAAGAAUGAUGAUGCUGCUAAUAUUCAGGAGAGAAAUCCAACGUACCUACGUGAAAAGGGAAACACAUUCUAUGAGGGACAAAGCUAUGAAGCUGCCAUAAAUGCUUAUAGUGCUGCUUUGGAUUUAGAUGAUCGCGAUGUCUUAUCCCUCUCAAAUCGCUCGGCAUGCUACCUCCAACUGUCCCAAUUCGAGAACUGUGUCAAUGAUUGCACUAGAGCACUGGACGUUCUAGCUUUUCAAGCAGAGAGAUUGAGAGUACAGGGACUGCUGACCAAGACAGAUGAGGAUGUUGAUGAUGAGACACGAGUACGACGUGUGAAAUUGCAUGUUCGUCGUGGUACUGCAAGAUUGAGGAUGAAUGUUAUUAAGGAUGCUGUGGUGGAUUAUGAGGUGGCUGCUAAACUGGAUUAUCGGAAUGAGGAUUUGAGGAAGGACUAUGAAGGGUUGAAGGCUCUAUUGCCACAGGUGGCGUAA